UCUGGCGGCGGUAAACGCGCCGACGAGUGAUUCCUCGUGCCUUUUCGUCCCGCACCCGCGGGACGCCCGGGAGGUGUGCGCGGGGGAGGGGCGCCGACGAGCGCGACGUCUCGCGUCGGCCCGAUCGGACGUUUCGGUCAGUCCAGCAGUGGCGCGAGCUUUUUCGGCGCGGUACUCGAUAGUCGCCGCGUAACCCCGGAGGUCCCAGCACGCGCCACCGACGUGGCAGAAAGGCACGAGGCGACGCGAGCGUCUGCGCCGAGGAGCUCCGUGUCCGAGGACCCCUGCGCCUCCCAGUGCCUGCGUGAGUGCGCGCGUACGUGCGUGCGUGCGUGCGUGCGUGCGCGCGUGCGUGGGUUCCUUGGUGCGUGUGUUGUGUGAAUCGAUUGGCCUGGUGAAGCGCGACCUGCGGCCAAGAGGACCUUUAACGAGCCGACGCUUGCCAGUGAGGGCAGAGAGAAGGUACGAGUAUCGUUAUUGGGACCCACUCCCUUUCCGUCGACGCCCGGAGUUCUUCUACUGGAACCGAUAGGGCCUCCGAUAGAUAUCAUGGCAGCUAGUCCCGCGGAACUUUUAACCGCCCACACGGAUCACACAGUGCCGACGUAUCAUACACAAAUCAGUACCGACAGCGGCUGGGACAACCCGUUCAGGCCGGACGGGGACCUGUCACGGGAGGCCGAUGAAAUCGUACAGCUGAUAAAGGGCGGCAAGCCGAUAACGCCAACGCCAGGCCAGAAUGCGCCGGCGUUACUACCGAGCUGCGAGAGGAAGUCGGUGGAUCGCGUCUCGAGCUCGAGUCCGCUCCUCGACUCGACGAGCCUCCACGAGAGCACCGCACCCCGGCUGAACCAGGGCAACGGGAACGCCCACAGCACUCCCAUCAAGUCAUCCAACAACCAACAGACCGCCGGCGAGAAGAACACGGCCACAGUGGAGGUCGGCAGAGUGACGGCGCAGGGACCCGGCGACGCCUCGCAAGUGGAGCACGUCAUCCUGAAGAAGAAGCCGAAGUGCAAGUGCUGCGUGCUCCAGUAACGCGCCGCCCUCGCGACUUCGCCCGGGCUAAGGAGCCUCAGCUCGGGCGCCAAGUCGCUCCCUCGCGCUCUCCUAGACCCUCCCCGGGUGGGACGGCAGCAGACGGCCGACGGGGCUCGCGUAGACGAGAACGCCGACGCGGGUAGAGGCGCUCACCGCUGCGGCUCGACCGCAUGACGGAUGAUCGAGAAAUUUAUCGAAAUAUAUAUUGUAGAUAGAGUGGUACGAGUUAAAAUAGCUAUCUAUAGUGGCUUAAAGUGCUUUUACUAUUGCGGGGUUGCUAGACGAGAGGAAGAGGGGUCGCUAUCGAGGAGGUGAUAAUUAGGUUUUAACACCUAA